AUGAUGAAAUCGACUUCCAAAAUGGCACUAGAUUUCAAGACCCCGCCUCUUUUCUUGACACCAGAUUCCAAAGAGACCAUCCCCUCAAGCCCGGACGCAAACGGGAUGAUACCGAUGCCACAAAGAGAUAACAUGGAAUCCAAAAACAAUGCGGAUGACGUGCAGUGCCGCAUCAAGCUGGCUUGGGCGGACAGCAGCGAGUCGUCUAAUGACUUUCGGUCCGACAUUUUCACGAGGCCAACAUUGCCAAUGCUAGAGUCUAUCGUCCACACUACACUCGGAGAUUGCACGGCAGACGAGGACAAAACUACUGUUUCCUUCCAAGAAUACGUUGCCAACCUCGUAGGGCAUGAGUCUGCAUUGCUAGUCAUGUCCGGCACCAUGGGGAAUCAAGUCGCGCUUCGAACCAUAUUGCGCAGUCCGCCUCAUGCUAUUCUCGCCGACCAUCGAGGACAUAUUGCCACGCUCGAAGGUGGCGGUGCGACGAGCAUCUGUGGAGCCAUGGUAAAGGCCAUUGUUCCCUCUAAUGGGCAUCAUCUCACUCUAGACGACAUUAAAGAGCAGACUAUACUGAGGGAGACGGUAUUCGACUGCCCUACCAGAGUGAUUAGUCUAGAGAACACCCUCUCAGAUGGCGCUCGCCUCUGGGAGGCGGCUGCCGCUGGAGCCUGCAAGCUGAGCGAGGUUGGGGAGUGCUUUGAUAGCAUACAGCUGUGCCUAACCAAGGGCCUUGGAGCACCGCUCGGUAGCGUGAUCACGGGGAGCUCAGUAUUCGUCAAGCGGGCGAAAUGGAGCCGUCACCUGCUCGGCGGUGGCAUUCGCUCCUCUGGCAUCAUCACUGCGCCCGCGCGUGUGGCAAUUGAUGAUGUUUUUUUCGGAGGCAAAUUGGGCUGGGCGCACGACAAGGCGAGACGAGCGACGGACGUCUGGCUGAGUUUGGGGGGAAAGGUGAGGCUGCCCACCGAGACUAACAUGGUAUGGUUGGAUCUUCCAGCGUCUGGUGUUGACCGCGAUGAGUUCUACGCAGUAGGUCUCAAUAUGAACCUUAAAAUCUCCAAUAGCUUGUUUGUUGGGCGGCUUGUGUUUCAUUACCAGGUUAGUGACGCUGCGCUUACCAGACUCUGCGAGCUCUUCAGGAUUGUCCUCAAAGGUCGAGCGGAUCAAGCUACCAACGGCGUCUGA